AUCAGGACGACAUGUUGGCAAGAUUCAAAAUCGUGACCAUCUUUCUAAUUGUCCACCUUUUCAAUGGAAUAUCAGGUUUGUUCGUUCCUUUUUUUUCGUUCAAACUAACUUUGUUUAUAACAACUGAUUGGCCAACUGCCCGUUUACUAUUUACCCAAUGGUGAAUGCUGACGAAAACUAAAGCGCACUCAAAGCAGUAAGCAUCAAAAUUCAACGCGCUUUUUCUUGCUUUUACCAUUGUUUUGAGGGGCUUUUUUCUUAACACUGAAAAAACGAUUACAAAGGUCGCUUAAGAUAACAUAAAACAGGUUGUCGGUAACUACCAUGCAUUAACAUUAGAGGGGCUUUAAAUUCAGAUUUAAUUUCCAAGAAAAGAGUUGAACGUAAUGAAAAACAAAACAAGAAAAUGCCUACAGAAAUUAUAAUUCGAAUAUGCCUUUUAAGGUGAGUUUUAAACAUUUUGAUGACAUUUCUAGGGUCGUCAGGGGGACUUGGGGUGCGCGAGAAGCGCGUGGGGCGCUUAUCUCGCGCGCACACGCAUGUCCAAAUUUGCUUCCCUUUCCCCUUCAAACACCUUCCACGCAGACUACCACCUUGUCAUGACAACCCGUCGAGUAAUUACCGGUUCUCUAAUAAAAGACGUUUUACACAAGGACUUCGGUAAGUUCUCAUUGAGCGCCUUCUGUAAAUUUAGCCCAUGUUCGCACUAUAUCGGAUAUCAUUUCGCGCCGACACGAAAAGCUAACCGCGAUACUAUGAACACCUAUCCGAAAUGUGACUCUCUGCUUUUUGGGGGGAAUUUUGGCGGGUCCGUGUGGUAGUGUAGUGGUAAGGGAGAGAGAGUAGGAUACGAAAGGUUCGAGUUCGAGGUCCAGGUUCGACCCUGGGUUGCUAUUUUCUUUCUUUUAAUAGAAAAACUUUCAAUAACAGGUCAAAAAUUUUCUAAGUGUCUUAAAAACAGCAGCGACCGUUUACGAAAGGGACAAUUGCAUCGACGCGGCGCAGCUUCGCUCCGUUAAGGUGAUAUUACACGAGACGAUUCGCAACGACGAUUUUUAGCGCAACACAGCGUUGCAACAUUGUUACGACACUGUUUCGAAUGGUCACAACAUUGUUCCAGUAUUGCAGCGUUGUGUUGCGCUAAAAAUCGUCGUUGCGAAUCGUACCGUGUAACAUCACCUUUAAGGAAAUCGCUCGGAAAUCACCGUUUUCAUGUGUGAAGAGAAGCCUUAUCUGAUAUAGUUCUCGUACCUUUGCAAAAGCUAACCCGCACAAUGUGAACAUAACCUAACAGCUGUUAUUGUUCUUUUAGGACAAAUAAAUGUGACUUUGGAUGUGUUCUCCGGUAGAAGGAAUCCGCAGUGGCUUCUGCUACCCAGCAAUGCAAAGUUUGCGCAAAUUAAAAAGCUUCUCGUGGAAGCAAGGGAAAGCAAUUUAACCUACUCACCAAACAUGAAGCCAGCAAGACUUGGGUUCAAAGGAUUCGUAGUUCAAGAACUAACACAGAAGGAACCGGAACUAAUUAUAGGAAAGAGCACAGUUCCUUUACAACAGCAGUUAUUUGGGACUCUUCCUACAGGUAUAGCGUAACUUAGAUUGGGUCUGCGCGGGCUUUAGAGGCAGAGGGAUGGAGCCAGGGGUCUGUUUUCGAAAAAUGGCAUAUAACGUUUCGUACUUAUCAUUACAAUAUUUUCAACCCGAAUCUGUAAGUGUUAAAGAAUAAAACAUAUCCAACAAGGUGUCUGGACUAUAGAGAAAGAAAUUUAUUCUGGUCAGAUUCUGGGAACAAUUCUACCGCAGAAAUGUUUGAGACCGUGAAUGAUGAAGUUCUGACAACGUUCACGGCGUGGAUCCGGCUUAGAACUGAAAGCUGAUGCUGUUCAUUAUAAUGUACAAAAACGUUAAAAAUCCUUACGUAUAUUACUAUUCAAAUGAAAAUCUUAAGAAGUAUAAUCUUAUUUCUUGGGCAUUUUACUGAAUCAAAUUUUGUAUUUUCUUUGAAGUUACUACUCUAAACGGUUUCUCCGUUUUCUUUCAGACUGGUUAAAGGAAAAAAUGUUGCAAGUAUACUUUAACAAAGUUCUAAGGGAGGAAAUAAGCCCCGGAUUAAUCAGCGCAGUAAGCCCUGCCAAACAACCAAAACAACUACUUCAACAAAAUCUACCAGAACCACUGAAACUACUGGGGCAAAAAGCCAUACAAAACUUACCCCCAAAGAAACCGAUUUCAGUUACCGGUAGACGAAAACGUUACGCUUAUGAGAUUACAUCCUAUCCUUGGAACGACAUCCCUGCCGCACAGUUAAACAACAACUGCUACAACUACGCAAAUAACAAACUCACUUAUACAUUCGCCCAGCCGGGGAGGGGGAGUGGGGCCAUGUGCCAGUAUUAUUUCCCUGACUGUAUAAGAAAUGCAGCGAUAAACGAUCAUUUGGAAACUUUGGAUCUGCCCCCCGCCGCACCUCUGCCGCCGGUUCCGAGUGGGAAAAAACAUCUAGUGGCACUUGUUAUUAACCCAGGUAAAAAAAUAGCAUUACUUCUCGUACAUAGGGUAUAAAAUGUGGGAGACGCUCAUAUAAACCCUUUGAACACGGCGGAAACGCAUAACGAAGCCCUAAGAACGUAUAAAUGGAAGCCUAUUAUACUGUCUGGUACUGUUGUCAAGGUUCAACGCACUUUGGUAUGAAACAAUGGCAGAAACUUAAAGAUACCAUGGCUGCUAUAAAUGCGUGCACACUGUAGAAUGAAAAAGCGAAAAAGAAAAAAAGAGAUUUUAGCCUGUGUACAGCAUCACCCUCCCAGCAAACACAAUCGGCGCGAUUUUGUUUGAUAUGAGGGGCGGCUGUAUAUGAACUACGCGAUUUUCGAAUCAGUUUUGUGCGAUAAAAACAUCUUUUCUCUUCCUGGAAAAAACUCACUUGCUUUCCAAGAUAUAUUUCUGCGGUGGCCGUAAUGGUAGAAGUCACAACAAGAGCCAUAAUAUGGCUCUUGGUCACGAUAUCAAAAAUAUCACACUUUUCUUAGAACCUAAGUAAAUUGCUCUCCCUCUUCUUUAGGUGUCGAUUUUCACUGGUAUCGUCUCGACCAGCCAGGCAUUUGGACCCAUAAGCCCGGAAACACACCAGCUACCUACCUCGAUAAUGCGAAUCAGUUGAUUAAGGACCCAAGAAACGCUAAUCGGGGCGGUUACAACACCUUUGCUGGUUUCAUGCUCAGUAACAGAGAUGAAGUAACAAUUGCUUAA